AAUUUAUUGUAAAGAUUUUCAAAAUGAUUAAGUACUUGCAUGACCGCUUGGUAGCCGCUCAAGAAAAUCUUGAAGCCAUCAAGGAGAGCAUUCGCUCUUGGGGCAAGGUACCCCUGUUCCAACGCAAGGACUUGAGUCCCCAACUUUUACUCCAUACAGAUCCACGUGAGCCCAUAUUGAGCGCCAGAGCUUCAAGGGCGGCAGUUACUCAACGUCUUAUUGACCUUCUUAUGUACGUAAAUUUAAAGCUGUUUUUCGACAUUCCACGUCGUUAUAGCCUCCCCCCUGGUGAGCAUGGGGAAGAAGAUGAGGAAGGAGACGGUAUUUGGCCACCAAUUAUAAGCCUGUCUGUCAUGACAAGUGUUAAAUUUAAGAAAAAGCGAGAGGCUGGUGAUGAGGAAGACGACCUAGAGGAGUUUGAAGAAGAGCAAUCGGAGAGCGAGGAGGAGAUCAUCACACCAUUCCACCGAUAUGAACUGCUUAACGGCUUAAAUCAGGAAGAGCGCAAUCUUUUUCGUGAAUACGAGAAAUAUGUAGACGCCAACAUUGCAGAAAAUCUAGUGGAUGCCGUAAUAACAAGCAGCACAUACUUACGAAUGGAGGUAGAUAACCGGUAUGAGAACAACACGCCCAUCUUUGAAAUAUUUAUGGAACUGCAGGAGCCCAACGUUGUUUACUUCCUCAACCUGGAUACCUCCUCCAAGGCGGGGUUUGCAUUCUUUAUUGAAACAUUACUUGAAGACAUGAAUAAUAUUAUGAGCCUUCUGAACCGGGUCGCACAAGAUCCCACUGAAAUCACUGGUCAAGCUCCUUUAGGAUUCUUUGAUGAACUGCAAGAUAAAACCGAGCUGGACAAGCAGCGCUUGGAAAUAAUUAACAAAAUUAAACUCGCACUUCAGGCUAUCCGUGUUCAUGGCAAAGGCUUUAUGGAGUUCUCAAGCCUAUGGAUUUUGGACAAAAUUACAUAUUUAUCUGAAGUAAAAAAAUUUGGUCGAAAUUUAACUCUGGACGAACGUGAUGCUGAGUUAGACCAGGAGGGAAGCUCAGGAGUUAAGCUACUGGGAAUGGAGCACCCACCAGUUUCGGUCUAUAAAGAACAGUUAGACAAGUUCAUAGAGUUGCAGGAUCAAAUACGUACCUGGGAUAUCCAUGAAGAUUUUUUUGUAUUUUUACGUCUGAAUAUGACUGGUUUUAAAGCUGCCGUUCUCAAUCAAGUUGGACAAUGGAUCAGCCUCUUUAAAAUGGAUUUAAUUAAUCGUGUUAAGAGCUCACUCAAGGAGCUUCAAGACUUUCUGGAUGAGGCCAAUAUAGUGCUAAAAGUAGAAUUGCAAAAAGAUGAUUUCGAAGGCUUGGUAAAAAUUUUAUCUGUACUAAAUCAAAUUAACGAAAAACAGUUUAUUUAUGAUUCAAUGUUUGAUCCCCUUAAGGAAAUUAUUGACUUACUCAGGCUUUAUAAUUACGAGUUUAGAGACACCGAGCUGGCUCAGAUCAACGAGCUGCCAGAUUCCUGGAUGAAAGUCAAGCGUCUUGCAGCCACAACAAAGCAAAUGAUUGCCCCUAUCCAAAGCUAUCAAGUGGAUUUAAUCGAAAAGCGCAUAAUUCUUUGCGACAAUAUGGCCAACACUUAUCGAAAAAAGUUUGUGUCAAAGAAUUUCUUUUUCGUACCCUGUAUAAACUGCUACGACCUAAUCGACGAGUCAGAUAUGGAAAUUGUUGCUCUUGAAGAACGUCAAAAAAGCCUUUCUGAGUCGGCUGUUCUGUUCGAACUGCAAGGUCCUGAUGCUUUAAAAAUCGAACUAUGCCGAUUCGACCUGAAGCUGGUGAAGACAAUGUGGGACUUUGCACUAACUAUACAGUCUACUAUCAACGACUGGAAAAAGACACCUUGGAAGAAAAUAGAUAUUGAAAAUAUGGACCAAGAGUGUAAAAAAUUUGGACGAGAGCUGCGAGUCCUGGAUAAAGCCAUGCGAGCUUGGGAACCAUUUAUUUUUAUGGAGGCGUCACUAAAGAAUUUAAUGACAUCAUUGAGGGCCGUAACUGAGCUACAAAACCCUGCAAUUCGUGAUCGUCACUGGAUCGAGCUUAUGCAAACCACCAAUGUAAAGUUCAGCAUGGAUGACUCUACCACUCUUAAAGACUUGAUUGAUCUUAAUCUGCACGAGUAUGAGGAAGAGGUAAAAAAUAUUGUCGAUAAAUCAGUUAAAGAGAUGGCCAUGGAGAAACAGCUUCGAGACAUAGCAACUGCUUGGGCAACGAUGGAGUUUGGUAAUGACUUACAUGAUCGAACAGGUAUUAAGCUGUUAAAGGCAUCCGAAGAGUUAAUCGAGACCUUAGAGGACCACCAAGGUCAAUUGCAAAAUAUGGCAUCCUCUAAAUUUAUUUUUUUCGAGCAUGAAGUGCGGCUUUGGCAAAACAGGCUUUCCAACGCAGAUCAGAUAAUUGGCUCUUGGUUUGAAGUGCAGCGUAAAUGGCAAUACCUGGAGAGCAUCUUCAUCGGCUCAGAGGACAUCCGGUCACAGCUGCCAGAAGACUCAAAGCGCUUCGAUUACAUUGAUAAAGAGUUCAAGGCUCUUCUUGCUCAGAUGAACGCUGACCGCAACGUCGUUAGUUCCACAAACCGCUCUGGCAGUAAACUUUAUGAGCAUUUAGAAUUGCUACUUAAAAUGCUUUUACUAUGCGAAAAAGCACUAAAUGAUUAUUUGGAAACAAAGCGCUUAUCAUAUCCGCGAUUCUAUUUUGUAUCCUCUGCAGACCUGCUGGAUAUUUUGUCAAAUGGGAACAACCCCUCUCUUGUUGCCCGACACCUUACCAAGCUUUACGAUUCAUUGGGCAAACUCAAUCUAAUUUCCGGCUCUAAGAAUGCUGCCGGAAUGGUAGCAAAGGAAUUAGAGGAGUAUGUUCCUUUUUUAGAGAACUGUGAUUGCAGUGGUAAAGUUGAGGUAUGGCUCAACCGAAUAACAGACAAAAUGCGCGAUACUUUGCGUGACCAACUCAAGCGCGCUUUGACUUUUUACGACCAUAAGCCGCGUCACGUGUGGAUAUUUGAAUGGCCUGCGCAGCCCGCUCUCGUCGGCACUCAGAUCAUGUGGACUACAGAAACGAACGAUGCAUUUGCAAAGGUUCAGCAGCGCUAUGAAAAUGCAUUAAAGGACUACAACAAGAAGCAGGUGACUCAGUUAAACAACUUGAUAAUUUUACUUUUGGGUGACCUAACCGCCGCCGAAAGGCAGAAAAUUAUGACUGUAUGCACAAUUGAUGUUCAUAGUCGUGAUGUCGUUGCCACAAUUAUAGCCAAAAAGGUUGAAGUCCAGACUGCCUUUCAGUGGCAAAGCCAAUUGCGCCAUCGCUGGGAUUCGAAGAUCGACGAUUGCUUCGCUAAUAUAUGUGAUGCCCAGUUCCGUUAUGACUACGAGUAUCUCGGAAACACACCUCGUCUUGUAAUAACCCCACUGACCGAUCGUUGCUAUAUUACUUUAACGCAAUCACUGCACCUGGUAAUGGGUGGAGCACCUGCGGGCCCAGCAGGUACUGGUAAAACGGAAACCACUAAAGACCUGGGACGAGCUUUGGGAAUGAUGGUUUAUGUAUUUAACUGUUCAGAGCAAAUGGAUUAUAAGUCCAUUGGAGAUAUCCACAAAGGUCUGGCCCAAACCGGAGCUUGGGGUUGCUUUGACGAGUUCAACCGUAUAUCAGUGGAGGUGUUAUCGGUUGUUGCCGUACAAGUCAAGUGCAUACAGGAUGCUAUUAAGGGCAAAAAGCAGACCUUCAGUUUUUUGGGGGAGCAUAUUGCUCUGCGAACAACAGUUGGAGUAUUUAUAACAAUGAAUCCCGGCUAUGCAGGACGAGCGGAACUGCCCGAAAACCUUAAGGCUUUAUAUCGGCCAUGUGCAAUGGUCGUUCCCGAUUUUGCUUUGAUAAGCGAAAUCAUGUUGGUGGCUGAGGGAUUCCAAGAAGCUCGUUUGCUUGCACGCAAAUUUAUUACACUGUACACACUGUGUAAGGAACUUCUAUCUAAACAAGAUCAUUACGACUGGGGUCUUCGCGCUAUUAAGUCAGUACUGGUCGUGGCUGGUGCACUUAGGGAUGAGGACGUAGACCAACCCGCGGUAGACCGAGGAGAAGUCAUCGCUAUAUCGUCUGACAAGGGCGAGCCGGAGGACGCGGUCAAGGAUGCGGACAAGGAGGGAAACGGGACGGAGACCGUUAGUCCCGAGGUGUACUCGGAUGAGAACUACAUGGCGCGGCGAAGGCCCGGAUGGCUUUCCGCCGACUAA